GUAGAGCAGGAGACGUGCUAUUGGUUUCAUGUAAAUGUGGUGAGAAGAGCGGAGCUGUCCGUGCUAUAAAAGCAGCCUCUCUGAGAGCGGAGCGUCUUGUAGAAGACUGUUCAGAGUCAGCUGGCCAGAGCGCAUCACAGAAACUGGAUCCACACACUGACACACACAGCGCAGCCAUGAGUGAGAGACAAGCAUCUGGAGCAAUGACUGGAAACAGCAAACCAUCUGCUGGGCAAGAUGAAAAGAAAAACAACCCCCCCGAGGACUUCGACAUUGACAUGGACAACCCGGAGACGGAGAAGGCUGCCGUGGCCAUCCAGUCGCAGUUUAGGAAAUUCCAGAAAAAGAAGCAGGAUGUGAAGUCGUAGAGCGGCUGCUGUGCUGUCAGCUGACUCUCUUCACCUGACGUUGGCCUGGUCUUGCAUGUCAAUCAAACU